AUGCCGUUUGCAAGGGAGCGACAGAGUAUCGCUUCAAAUAUAAUAAAGGUUCGCAAAAUGAAAACCUAUGGAAUGCAAUCAAUGCCACUAUAUAAUAAGUUAUCUGAAUUAUAAGCGAUUGCAGGACUAGGUCGCCGCUGCCUAGGAAAAGCGCCAGAACUUCCAUGGGGAACAUGAAGGAGGAUAACCUAAAAACCUAAAUGCUUUCAAACGAAUCGGUCCGAGUAGACGCUAUGAGCGGGGAUUCCUCGCCGUGAUGUUCCUUAGAGUGUAGACCGGCUUGGAGUGUUAUGAGGCGCCAUGGCGUGGCGUGAUCUUGGGGUUCAGAUGAUUCUGGCGACCGCGGGGGCUUUUACAGCUUUCAGCCUGAUGACUAUCGCUAUAGGCACGGACUACUGGCUUUACUCCCGAGCCUACAUAUGUAACACCACCAACACCAGCGUGGACGAUAUCCAACCAAAGAAAACCAAAGGCGAUCUUACGCAUUCCGGGCUCUGGAGAAUCUGUUGUAUCGAAGGUAUUAAUAAGGGGAGCUGCUAUCGGAUCAACCAUUUCCCCGAUGACAACGACUAUGACACGGACAGCUCAGAGUACCUGCUACGUAUUGUUCGCGCCUCCAGCGUGUUUCCCAUCCUCAGCACCGUCCUGCUGCUGCUGGGCGGCGUGUGUGUAGGAGUGGGUCGUAUCUACGGCAACAGGAACAGCAUCCUGCUCUGUGCUGGCAUCCUCUUUGUGGCAGCAGGUCUAAGCAACAUCAUCGGCAUCAUCGUCUACAUCUCCAGCAACACCGGCGACCCCAGCGACAAGCGCGAAGACGACAAGAAGAGCCAGUAUAACUACGGCUGGUCCUUCUACUUCGGCGCGCUCUCCUUCAUCCUGGCCGAGUCCAUGGCCGUCUUGGCCGUCCACAUCUACAUUGAGCGCAACAAGGAGCUGCGUUUCCGCACGCGGCGCCGCCACCCCCACAAGUCCGCCUCGUCCUCGUCCUCCUCGCCGUAUUCCCGCAUGCCCAGCUUCCGCUACCGCCGGCGCCGCUCCCGCUCCCGCUCUCGCUCCCGCUCCACCUCCCGCUCCCGCUCCACCGAGCCCUCCCGGGAGCCCUCGCCCGUGGGCAUCAAGAUAGCCGCUCCGCCUGCAGGGGGCGACGUCUCCAUGUACACCCUGACCCGGGACCCGCUCAAAUCCGGCACCGCCGCCUCCUACAGUCCCGAGCACGACUCUGACUUCCUGCACAUCCACAACUGCUUCCCAAAAGAUGUCAACGACACCCUCAAUAAGAGGACGACACCUGUAUGAAGCACCCCCCCCCCCAUAUUAGGGCCAAUUUUUAAACCUGGCACUAAACAAACUUGUACUAAAGCUGAAAAUCAACACUCCUUUGCAGUAUUUAAAACGCCUCUCCUGAAUAACUAAAACGAGGAAGCCUCCUCUUACCUCUGCCACACGUAAACCCGGAGUGCAGGUGACCUUUCUGGCCUGUAGCGGCCUGUAGUCUUUUAUAAUUUAUUGAAAAGCUUACCUGUAUUUUCUGCAGCGAACCAGAACAUUUGUGUAGAUUUUCAUUUUUGGUGCCACACUGUAUUGUAACAGUACUUUGUUUCCAGUAUUUCUGAUAUUUUAAUUAUUCGUUUUCUGAUCUUCUGCUUGUUGCAGUUUCUAACCCUGUGACUUAUUUGCUUUGAGUCCAGUCACUCAGCUUUGUACUGUGUUCUAAUGAAUAUUUUUAACAGACUCCAAUGCAGCGAAAAAAAUCCUCCCCCCCCCCUGCCCCCAUUGUUGCUGGGUGAGUACAUGAGUACAGCACGCCAUGCCUGUCUCGUCUGUUUACAGCCACUCUCACCUUUGCACAUUCAAGUUCUUCCCGUAAACUACCCAUGAUGCUCUUCUGGAUAAGAGUUACACCCUCAUCUGAAACUUUGUUACAAGGAAAUCUCAUUUCUACAAGUCCAGCCCUUUUUUGGCUCAGGGAGGGAACAGCUCGAUUCUGGCUAGAUAGAUUUCUUUUUUAGUUAAAAAAAUAUAGACCUGUUUUUUUUUCCCCAAAAGGAGAUGAUGUUGUGUUAGAGAUUUCUACACUUCUAUCUCUAUUUUGGCGUCAAGGAGCAAAGGAACAACGUAAUUUAACUCUGGAACUCUCUCAUGUCCGUCUGACUGUAAAGGUAUAUAUAGCAGGAUUCGUUAUUUAGUUAUGGUCAAUUAAAUGCACAUUUGCUUAAUUCAUUAAGUGUGGAAGGCACUCUGCUGUUAUUCACUACCCUGCUCCAUUAUUUAACAAACAAGUUAACUGGUGAUUACAGGCAUCCAGAUAGACAGCCACCCAGAUGUGGUCAGCUAAGGACCCUCAUGCAUCCCGCCGGACAUUCAGACAAUCGGCACUUUAAACGUGAGCCGUCCCGCGGCCUAGUGCCACGGUGGAAGAGGCCCAAUCCGUGCUUCUGUGAGUGGAAUCCAAGGGGGCCGUGAUGCUCGACCCGACGCGAAGCGCCGAAGGAUGGAGAAUGAGGCUGCCAAAGACGCUGGCUCAGAAAACGCGAGUGAUUCUUCACUCGUUUCUAAGGAGGCAGCGCAGAGGCCAGCAGGUGUCGGCUCUCGAACCCAAGGCCCUGGGCUUGUUUUUGGUUCUUUCCUUUGAUGAAUACUGAGAACCUUUAUUUAUUUAUUUGUUUCCCUUUGCAAGCCUUCGGAGGGCUGCCUGAUGCGGAGGAAGAGCGCUCUUUCCAGGCUUUGAGUAGUAGACACGCACUGCAUUGCUGCCUCUCACAUCAGUGAGUCCAUAUAGGGAAGAAGGCACCGUGAACCCCUACCCCCUCCCACCCCCAAACUGCAGCACCUGCGCAGCCAUAAAUGGCGAGAUAACAAAAGACAGUCUGAACAGAGCUGUCAGUCUGGGAGCUGGGGGCAACUUUGAAGGGCGUGAGUCUGUCUGUGUGGGUGUCGGUUCACGAGGGGCCGGAUCACAUGCCUCCUGCAUCCCCAACUUCCAAAGCACAGUGUGGAUGAGCAGCCAGUGAGACAUGCUCCCCCCCCACCCCUCGUCUGUGUCUCUGCCCAUCAUUCAUUCAGCCAUCUUAGGUCGACCUAGACCACAGGAUAUUGUGUGGGCUCUUGCACUACUCCUUGUUGAUUUGACAUUUUUCUGGAUGUGGCUGGAAUGUAGAUCCUUCACCUAUGAGUGCUGCGGGUUGCGGUGUGAUCAUCUGUCCUGAUGCUGCUUCCAUUAGUAUACAAAUCCCCCGCUACUACAACCUCGGGAUCUUAACUGUCUGACAGCGGAACUUCCUCACUCCAAACCCAACUCAUGUCGCCAACAAGACGGCAGCUCUGGCGGAUGGCUUCAACUCAGCGUCCCUCAGAAAGCCAGCAGCCAGGACUUGGUGAUAUUUGCUGGUGGAUUUUUUUUGCUGGGGACAUUAUUUGCUGGAGGAUGUUAUUUGCUGGAGGAUGUUAUUUGCUGGGGACAUUAUUUGCUGGAGGAUGUUAUUUGCUGGGGACAUUAUUUGCUGGAGGAUGUUAUUUGCUGGGGACAUUAUUUGCUGAUAGACGUUAUUUGCUGGGGGACUUUCUGUGUUACAGCUUCCCAAAGCCAAAGCACACUUUCACCCUUUGGUUUUUCAGACCUGCACCGUAGCUAGAAGCAGAUUAAGACUCAAUGUGGACUGGUGCCAUAAAUAUCCUUGGUGUACCGGGAUGGCAUGCUGUACUGUGUGGGGUUCGAGGGGCCAGCAGUACCCCGGGGCAAGAUACUUAGCCUGACUCACUUCAGUGAAAUAUUCAGCGAUAUAAAUGGUCAAACAUGUAUUCUGUGUACGUCGCUUUGGAUAAGGCCUGUUUGCUAAGCAAAUAAAAGCUACAACAGAGCUUAUCUAGAUGGAGUCCACAAAGCCAGUCAUUAAGUCUCUUUUAUAAACACGUACAACGAAGGACUCUGUCUUUUAUACACUGUAAAUAGUAUAAAAAGAGAAUACAUUUAUGGCUUUAGCAAUCAUGUCUUAUCAAGGCCUUACCGUUUCAUCAGAAAUCAGGGGACGAGGAAGGCAUUAAGAGCAGAACAGUAAUUGUAAUGUUGUCACAGUUAUUUUCUUUUUUUUUUGUAAGCUUUCGACGUUGAAUACCAAGACCCUUAUUUUAUACAACUAAAAUAGAAACUUAAGGUUCAAUCUGCUUUCUGUUUACCUUGAACAAAGGAUAUCUAAUGUACAUGAAGUCUUACUAUAAAACGAUGUGUCAUAGGUGGAGAAUAUAAUAUUUCAAAGAACUGGUGUCAUCCUUAGAUGAUACGUGUUACACAUGUAUAUAUGUUGUGUUUUUGGAUAUUUAAACUUAUUUUGUGAAACAGAAUUGUUUAUUUUUUGGGUAUAUUGGUUUGUGUCAGUGUUGUUCAGCUCAAGUGUGUCACCAUACUGCUGUCCACACAUUUCAAUUAAAUCAGGGGCACACUCCUUUUGGUGUGUCUCUGGAGGGUUUCUGUCCUGAC